UGGAGCCCGAUGACAACACGUCGUUCUACAUCCUGAAUGUGGGCCAGCCCCAGUCUAUGAUCACCAACCACCAGUCUCUUGGCCUGCCUCGUCAUGGCAUGCAGCCCCACUCCCAGUUCAUCAGCUCCUCCCCACGCCUUCACUCACACAGACAAGGAUCGGAUCCUCCCAGAUAUGAAGCCCCGGGCUCCAAGUACGGCUCCUCCCCUCUGCUGCCCUCGGCUCCUGUGGAGGCUCCGAAGGCCUUCGAGUGCCCCAGCAUCCAGAUCACCUCCAUCUCCCCCAGCUGCCAGCAGGAGAUGGACGCCAAUGAGCAGGAUCUGAGGGCCAAUGGGCCUGAUGGGGACUAUCAUGUGGAUAGGCCCCUGUCCAGAGACCACCUGUACCUGCCUCUGGACCACUCGUACCGGGACUCUUCGCUCAGCCCGAGUCCGUGCAGCAGCCUCUCCUCUCGGAGCUGGUUCUCUGACGCCUCCUCCUGUGAAUCUUUCUCACACGUCUAUGACGAUGUUGAAUCGGAGCUAAACGAGGCGGCGGCCCGCUUCACCCUCGGCUCCCCUCUGACUUCCCCGGUAUGUAUCUCCCCUCAAACCUGUGGGGGGGUUUUGGAGGAGCAGCCCAACUGGCAGCACCAUCACCCCGCCUUCGUGCACCACUCCCACUCCAUCAGCCUGUCACCCCGGACGUCCCCGUGCCACUCGCCACGCACCAGUGUCACCGAUGAGAAUUGGCUUAGCCCGCGUCCCACCUCUAGGCCCUCCUCACGUCCCACCUCACCCUGUGGGAAGAGGCGCCACUCCAGCGCUGACAUCUGCUACCCCGCCUCCUUGUCUCCUCAUCACUCACCCUCACCCACACCAGGACCUUCACCCAGGGGCAGCGUGACGGAGGACACAUGGAUCGGCAGUCCUUCUUUAGGCAUGUCUCCCUUCCAGUGCUGUCCAUCAGAGGCAGACAUCCCGUCCAAGACGAGGAAGACGUCGCAGGACAGAACAGCAAUGCAGACUGGGACAGGGGAGAUGGGGCUAGAUGACCAAGGAAAUAUGUCUCCUAAUCUAGACUCUCCUUCUGACGAUGGUCUCCACAGUCUGAAGAAGGACGGGCCCGGGGAACAGUUCCUCUCAGUGCCCUCUCACUUCUCAUGGAAUAAACCCAAACCUGGUCAUACGCCCAUAUUCAGGACCUCCUCACUGCCUCCUCUGGACUGGCCGCUACCGAGCCAGUUUGGCCAGUAUGAAUUGAAGAUAGAAGUGCAACCCAAAGCCCACCACCGAGCGCACUACGAGACCGAGGGCAGCCGAGGAGCCGUCAAAGCUUCUUCCGGUGGCCACCCGAUUGCCAAGCUCAUUGGCUACACUGAGAAGCCCAUCAACCUGCAGAUGUUCAUCGGAACAGCAGACGACCGCUACUUGAGGCCGCACGCCUUCUACCAGGUGCACCGGAUUACCGGGAAAACUGUAGCCACGGCCAGCCAAGAAAUUGUAGUCACCAGCACCAAAGUUCUCGAAAUUCCUCUCCUGCCUGAAAACAACAUGACAGCCGGCAUCGACUGUGCUGGCAUCCUGAAGCUGCGGAACUCAGACAUCGAGCUGCGGAAGGGGGAGACGGAUAUCGGAAGGAAGAACACACGGGUCCGCGUGGUCUUCCGAGUCCACAUCCCACAACCCAACGGGAAGGUGCUCUCUCUGCAGGCCGCCUCUAUCCCUGUGGAGUGCUCCCAGCGUUCGGCUCAAGAGCUGCCCCAGGUGGAGAAAUUCAGCCUGACCAGCUGUCUGGUCAGCGGGGGAGAAGAGAUGGUCAUCACCGGCUCCAACUUCUUCCCAGAGUCCAAGGUCAUCUUCCUGGAGAAAGGCCCUGAUGGACGACCACAGUGGGAAGUUGAGGCAAAAAUAAUGCGUGAGAAAACUCAAGGAUCGUGCAUCCUUGUGGAGGUCCCUCCCUACCACAGUAAGUCUGUGGGCUCAGCUGUGCAGGUGCAGUUUUAUGUCUGCAAUGGCAAGCGGAAAAGGAGCCAAUCGCAACGCUUCACUUACCUGUCAGUGUUGGUGAAACAGGAGCACAGAGAAGAGCUGGACCUCUCUGCCGUCUCCCCCAUGUCCCUCCCCCUGGCCCAUGCUGGCGGGCUGGUGCGCCCCCAGCUGCCCUCUCCGGAGCAGUGCCACCCAUCGGACGGCCUUCUGUCCGGCUCCCCCCGCGGCCUGCUCUCCCUGCAGGGCCCCUGCCCCUCCCUGGGCUCCCCGCCUUUCCAGCACCUGCCUCACCUCCAGAGUCGCAGCUUGCACCACCCCCCCGCAGACUGCCACAUGACGUUCCACCCGACCCCUGCUCCUCUCCCUGCGCCCCCCCGGCCUUCCUACCAGUCCAUGCAGCACGGCCACAGCCACAGCCUGCCCUUCAACGGCCAGUCCCCACUCCCCCCUCAGUGCUACGAGAGGAUGCCCUUCCAGCACAGCGUCUCUGCAGCGUCUCACCCGAUGGGGAUGGGGAUGGUGUACCCUUCCUCCCCGUGCUCCUCACCAUCAGCUCCCCCCUCCUCAAACAGCAUAGCUGGGUCUCCCCAGAGCCAACAACCGAUGCUCUCCCCCUCAUCCCCACGCCUGCACACACUCGGAGACUAUCACUGCUCCCCAAACCCCCCCCAGAUGCCCUCUCCCGGCAGCCACCCCCUCGCGGGGCAGCACCCCUCCCAGCUGCAUAGAGCGAUGGGCUACCACCCCGUGGGUCAGAGGUCAGCCUCCUGUCCCACCCCGUCCAGCGCCCCUGCUACCAGGAUGAUCCCCUCUCCCCACUCAGGGCCUUCCUCCCCUCAGCUCCAAUCGCUGCCCUACCAGUCUCCCACCUCCUCCUCCCCCACAUCAGGUGGCAGUCCUCUGGGGCCCAUGCAGCAGCAGCACUCAGGUCAGCACUCCCCCCAGGCCACCAGCCCGGUCAUGGCCAGCCUCUCCCCGGUGGCAGCGGGGCCUCUGAUUCACCCUCUGAGCCCACAAGGACCCUUCCCCUCGGACAAAGAGAGGCCGGACAUCAAAGAGGAGCCCGAGGAGAAGGAGCCCACCUUCCGCUCCAUCGGCCUACAGGACAUCACGCUGGACGAUGGUAAUGUAAUCAUCGGCUGA